CGACAGUGCGCUGAGCGCAUGCGCCUUGAGAGGCCGGCGGGGGAGACAUGGAGAAGUGUUUGGCGGCCGCGGCGCUGAACGGGGUGGACCGACGUUCCCUGCAACGCUCGGCUAGGCUGGGUCAAGAAGUGCUGGAGCGGGCCAAAAGGAGGGCGGUGGACUGGCAUUCGGUGGAGCUUUCCAAAGGCAGCGUGGGGGUCAUUUCCCGGGAGCGGCCCUACAGAGAAAGAGGGCCGGCAGCCGGCCCCCAUCGCCUUCUCCCAGGAGAGAGAGAAGAAAGACACCCAACCCUCAGUGCUUCCUUCAGAACAAUGGCUGAAUUCAUGGACUAUACUUCAAGUCAGUGUGGGAGAUAUUAUUCAUCUGUGCCAGAGGAAGGAGGGGCAACCCACGUCUAUCGUUAUCACAGAGGGAAGUCGAAGCUGCACUUGUGCUCGGACACUGGCAAUGGUCAGAGAAAAGACACCCCCCUUGGUGUCGGAGGCAUCUGUCAGGCGUCAGAGUGUGUACUAGAAGCAUCCCAGCCUGCUGAGAACAUCUCUAAGGACCUCUACAUAGAAGUCUAUCCAGGGACCUAUUCCAUCACUGUGGGUGUAAAUGACUUGACCAAGAAGACUCACGUGGUGGCAGUUGAUUCAGGACAAAGUGUGGACUUGGUCUUCCCCAUAUGAUGUUGACCAUCACAGACAUCACCUUUUUCUUGUUUGUUUUUUAAGUAUCAAGAAGAAUAAAACUACCAUAUGUCCUCUUAAAAUUUACACAUUAAUCCUGCUUUUAAUGCUGACUGACUGUAGAGGGUCAGCCUUCCUAGGAAAUGGAGUUUGUCUCUUUCAGUGCCUAUUUUAACUUGAAAGUCCCCUUACCCUCUUCUGCCUGAAGUAAUAAUGUAAUGAUGCUGUCUGAAUAGUUUUUACUGCUUGCUUUCCAAGUAAAGGUUAAUUAUGAUAAUAAAGUGAGAAAUUUGGAAAUGAA